AUGGUGCCCGUCCGGCCACCCGGCGUGGCGCUCGCCCGCUCGCUCGGCCUGGCUCGGGCGCGGGGCUCGCGGCAGGGCCUGGCGCGGCCGCGGCCGCCGCCGCCGCCCGCCCGCCCGCCCGCUCGGGCCAGAGCCGGGGCCGGGGGCUCGGGCCGCCCGGCUGCCAGCCGCGGCCUCUCCCUCCCCGAGCCGCGCUUACAUCCCCGCCGGGCGCCGGCCUCCCUGCGCCGCCAGCCACCGCACAUCCCACAAUACACCGCUAAGGAGCCCGACCCGAGCGCUCACCCUCCUCCUCUUCCUCCUCCUCCUCCUCUUCCUCCUCCCCUCUCCUUCCUCGCCGCUUCCCCAGGCACUCUCCCGGCGGCGGCAGCUGCGCCGCCAAAGCCCCGGGCCCCAGCGGCCCCCCACCCCUCACUCGCGCGCUCCCACACUGCCUCCCCCUCCCCGGGGGAAGGCCUUUUAAUUUAUUUAUUCUUCUGGGACUGGGGUGGGGGUCUUGGCUGGCGGGGGAGGGGGUCUCCCCGGGCUCUACCUCCCGCGGCCGGGGCUACCCUCCGAGCCGCGGCCGCCGCGGCGUGCGUCCCGGGCCUGCAAAACUGUUUCCAAACUGCCCGGGUCGGAGGCAGGCGCGCGGGGACCCGGGGAGAGGGCUGGGGUCUGGGGGGCCGAGGGUGUGUGUGGACGCGGGGAGGCCGGCGUCGACUCGGAGGAGUUGCAAUCGAGAGCAGUAAACAGUCCUCUGCGAAGCCGCCUUUUUGCCUACCCAACCCUGGAAAGUUUGCAGAAGUGGAAGGAGCAGAACUUGCCAUGAGUGUAACUUACAAAAAGGUUCUGGGCUGGAGAAGGGGCGACGGCCGGGCACCCCCCGCGUGGACAAUCUUUCCUUCUGUCGACUGCAGGGGCAGGCCUAGUUUGACUCUGACAAUCCUCCCACUAAGGAAUUCCUGGUGACUGGAAGGGGAGUGACUCGGGUCCUCAACCUCUUGGAGGUUAGGGAGCUUGCUGCCUCUGGUGGGCGUGCCCAGUUCUUCAGCCGGCCCAGCUCAGCCCAGCCUCCGAGGAAGCUGCGAAGCAGCUGGCUUGGCUUUGAGGUAUUUUUAGCUACAGAUCAGCACUGCUCCAUCACCACGACAGGCUUGUGCUUUCAUAAGCAGAGAUCACAGCCCAUUUCCUGGAUGGAGAAAGUGGACGUUGAGGUCUGAGGCUUUUGAGGACAGUCAGGAGCCCUCCUGUGGGCUCGGGUGACACACUCAACCUGGGUCCUCUUCCUCCACCUCCAGGAAUGCCUUAUUCACCUCCUGUGGUCCUGGGGAACCUUGGCCCCAGCCCUGUCUCCCCAGCCAGUCACAGCUCCUCUGAUUACUCCGGAGGAGCUCAGGGUCCAGCUGGUGGUUGGGCUCCUCUCCUCCUGUCCCCCACUCCCGUGGAGCCUGGCAGGCAGGUCCUCCAUGAUCUGACCCCAGUUACCUUGACAACCCUGCCUGGCCUCCCCUCUCAGGGCCCAGCCAGUGAAGAAGUUGAAGAGGUUUUCUAGCUGUCGUGCAUUUGUCAGGCCCCACCCUGUUUCCCCCUGCCUGCCCUCCAGUGCUGCCAAGCCUUGUGCCAACCAACACUCAGCCUUUCCUAAACGGUUCCCCUCUUCCAACCUCCAUUGCUUCCCCCAAGACUGCAACCUCCUGGAAGGCUGGGGCACAACUGCCUCUGAAUAAACGUGUUGCAAAAAAGGAA